AUGCUUAGAACUGAACAAACCAACAACAGCAACAACAAUUACAGAAACAUCAUCCCCAAAAACAAUAGCAAUAUCAAUAACAAUAGCAAUAGCAAUAGCACUACUGGUGUGUUUGUUUUGGAUCCCACUGCCAAGCCUAUUUCUCAUAACCAAAGGUCAUGGUCUAAACCAGACGGUGGCAAAGACAACAUGUCAGGCAUCCAGAGACUCCUACACUUCUUACUCAAGAACGGUGGCGAAAACUUACGAAAAUAUCUUGGCAAGACUAUAAAUGGAAACCCAUUUAAGGCCUCUAAGAUCAAAACCAUCAUCAACUGCCGCCAGUACUUCCUUGAACAAGGAGUUGUGAGAACAACUAGUCAAAUCAAGACUAGAAUCAACAAACUGGUGACUAUGCAGUACCAUGAUGCUUAUAGAGUGUGGAACCUGAGAAACAAAGGCUCUGUUGAGUUUGAUGAUUCUGCUAGUGGAAAAAGAAAAUCCAAUAGAAAAUUAGACCUUAUUUGCCCACAGUUUUUUGACAUGAAGAUCAUAAUGGACACAAUUGAGACAAAGUUUCCAAUGAUGCCAAACAGCAAUAGCCCAAUUGCAUCUUCCGAUGAUGAAGCUGAUGAAGAGAAUGAUGAUGAAGAGGCUGAUGAAGCUGAAGCUGAAGCUGAAGAUGAGACCGUCAUAGAAGUUUCUAAUAGACCUCUCCUUUCAAAAAGAGAUUCUCCACGAUCUUCGUCCCCUUCUUCCUCUUCUUCCUCUUCUUCGUCCCCUUCUCCUUUUACCUCCUUGAAGCCGCGUGUCAGAGGUUUGGGUAAGAAAAGGAACCAAACUGUUGCUGAGAUUCUUGAAAGCCAAGAGGAAAGUGCGGAGAAGAGAUUCAGGGUAUUUGUAGAACGGAUCAAGGAUUAUCAUGAUUCAAGGAUCGCCCUUCUUACAACUAAGUAUGAGAAUCACAGGAAGGACAGAUUGAAUAAGGAGCGAGAAGACAGAGAAAUGGACCGUGCGCUUCUUUUGAUCAAAACCAAGGCCGAAGUGUUUGGGUGGUCUGAGGAAAGGUUUGAUGAGGAAAUUGCAAAGCACAUCAAUAAAGAAACGUCAAACUGA